AUGUCCUGGCCUUCCAAACCCGCGAGCCGUCCCAAAGCCCGCAAGAACCGCACGAAGGGCGCGCCCCGUCCCCGUGCGCGCGUGCACCUGGCUCGACAGCUGGGAUGGAGGGAGAGGGCGCGUGCGUACCGUGCGCGGACAAAGAACGACAGUGAGCGAAGACGCUGGAUCACCGCCGGCGGGGGAGCUGAGACGGGAAUGGACGGGAGGGACGCGAGCGGAAGGAACGGACGGUUCGAGCGUGGCCAGCGGCGAGCGAUGACAACAGGCACAUGCGAUGCAGGAAACUCAGAAGUGGUGGGGCGAGGCGUGGAUGACCGACGCCGAGCCCCGUCGACGCGCGGGAUAAGGCGAAGUACACGAGUGCUCUUGGGCGCAUGCACGCUCCACAAGGGGGCGGAGGGCGCCAGGGACGGCGCGAAUAAGCGAUGCGAUGCAUGCGUGCAACUGGGAUGCCAAGAAGCAAGGGCGCUAGGGACGGCGGCGAGGGCUCCACGCGAUGAGGCAGGCCGGGCUCUAGGCUCGGAGAUAGCGAGAAACUGCCGCUGGUUCUCCCCGGGCGCGGGGCAAGCGAGACAACGGGAGGGGGACAUCGAUAGAUGGGGCGAGAAACAGCCAGCGAGAGAUGGGGGAAUGUCAUGUAUAGCAACGACUCCGCGGCGAGAGAAAGCCGGGGAUGAGAGGAUUGGCUCGGACGAGAUGCGGACGAAGGGAAGGGCGGGAAUCGAGGCAGGACUCGAGAGUACGAUCAUCGCACACCCCAGUACCGGAUCGCGCUCAUCGCCCUCCCUCUGGCCUCUCGCCAUACCCGUCCGGGCGCAUUUUGAUACCCCGGCCCAUGCAGCCGCCUCUGCCUUCCGGUAUCGGUCCAGCGCGCACCGUCCCCCGCUCCUCGUAGCACGUAUCGGCCGGACACCAGACGACUCGGGCCGGCCUGGAAUCAAGUUGCGCCCGGAGGUGUCCGACACCUUGCGCGGCGCGGUCAUGCGAGCCGCGCCGCUCGCUGGGCUGGCUCGUCAUUGGGACGGGGUCUGCACAUCUCUCUCGUCCUGGUUUCCUGCCCGCGUCCACGUUCCCUCCCGCAAGUGUCGUACCAGAGCACCCGCGAACAAGCACCCAGCGUCGCGCCGCGCACUCAUGCAGCCGUCCCUGCCGAGUCGAGGUACGACCUUGCAUGUGAUGCCAACCUUCUGCUCAACUCACCGAGAAAAUGCACGCCUUCUCCGCGUGUCACGUCGCCCCGAAUCUAGCGCAAACUCUGAGCGCGGUAUCGACGACCUUGCUCGCGUUGCCAAACCGGCGCGGGCGCCGCGCCUGGACGUGAAGGGCGCCUUCCCGGGUGGCCGGUCCCCGAUGAUAAUAAUCCCGUCGCCCCGCAUCUGCAUCACGCCAUCGUUCAAUCUCCCCCUCGAUGAAUCAGCGUAUACGUGCGCAGCUCGUCCGCCGGCCUCGUGCUCGGGCGGCUGGCAUCCCGUCACUCACAACAGCCACGCCGCGUCAUCCCAGCCGCGCGCGUUCACCUCCCCCGCGCCUCCGGACGAGCGUCUCCCGGGGUGCUCGCUCGGCUGGGGACUCGGCCGCGUGCCAGUGGAGUUCUACACUAUAUGCGCAUACCAUACGUUCCUCCAGGUCCCUGCCGCUCGAGGCCCCUCGGCCUCUUGUGAGCUGGCCGACUUUCUUCAGAGUCUAGAUCAUAGCAAAGUGGCGUACCUGCAUACGCACCGACAAUGCUGCCUACCUCUGAGGGGCCCUCUCGACUCCUCCACAGUAAAUCUGCUCGGUCAGCAUACACGAAGGGGAGUAUCUCUCCGGCGCUAUGAGCGCUCGUCGAGGUCAAUAUCGACCAGUCUACCAAUCAACGAAAGCUUCAAGUCCAUGACACGUACUCGAUGGAUAUGGAAGGUCGACACAGAAAACCAUUCCAGAGAGCAUACUUGGGCUUUCGUGAUCGACGCGAGGGUGGAGGGUGGCGCGGGUCCAAGCGCGUUCACAAAGGGAGGACACGAUCAUCCGGCCGAAUGGACGAUUGGUUAUGCCAUCGAUGCUUCCUCCACGCUGGAGGGGAAGACUUAUGUCUCAUUUCCCACAUUGUACAAGGAUGGAUCUCUUUCGCUUGCCGCUGAAGUGAACGUCGGCGGGCUGGCCCACUCCUUGGACGUCGAGUCCUCACCGGUGGCCGAGUAUUCGGCGCGGCAUCCUCAGCCCCGUCGCAGUACAUAUCAGAAUAUUGGGCCUGGAGGGCAUCUCGUCUCAUCGAAUCGUGCUGUCAGACUUGAGGGUUAUGGGCUGAGCCAGACUGAGGUCUCGCCUACAGCUUUUCUGCAACUUUGUCUUGAGACUUCUAUACGCUUGAGGCAGCGGCAACGCUUGGACGAAACGUCAGUGAGCCACGAAAUCCCGGCAAGAGUGGGCUUGGACAUCAGUGAUAUCGGCCCAGGGCGGAAUUUAAGGUCUCUGUCCCUCACUUGCAAGACGAUCCACGGUGUAGCAGUCGACGAGCUGUGGAAAACUCUGGACAGCUUUGUGCCAUUGCUUAAGUGCCUGCCAGACGACGCAUGGCAUGUCGAUCCCGAGAGUGGCCUAAUUUCGGUCUGCCGUCCCCUGCUCCCCACGGAUUGGGCACGUUUCCAGUACUACGCCCCGAGGGUCCGGUCGUUGUUCGUUGGCACUGAUAUCUCUGCAGAGACUCUUCAUGACAUGUGCACGUACGGCCGCCAAUAUUAUGAAGAUCUUCUCCCGAAUCUGCGGAAAUUGUCUGUGUCUUUCAGUAAUGUGCCAUUCCUCGCAUGUCUGCAGCCGCUCCUCAAUCCGGACCUCCGGUCACUCGAGUUCAACGACUGCGGGUGCAAGUCCCUACCGACGCUCUCUGGCCUUGGUGAUCUCUUGAGUCUUGCGACACCGGAACUGAAUAAUCUUGUGCUUGAGAUGCCAUCCGUGAAGAGAAUGAAGACAAGAUAUCUAUAUCGCAGAGGGGCUCUUUUUUCCUCUCCCUCGCCGCUGCAGCAGCUGAAGACCUUUGCCUGGGACCUCCCCCUCACCCCUGCUGAUGUGAUACAUCUCGCUAUGCUUCCGCAACUCGUCGACAUCUGCCUAGACUUACCAGCGAACAUUCUAGACGUUCAAACUCUGGGAGCUACUUGGUCCGGAUGCUCCGCAUUUCCAGCGCUGCGCCUUUUAGACGUCCGGGGACAGACAUUCUCGCACUGCACAAUGUUUCUUCGCUUCCUCGGGAAGCAUUCAUUACGGGCGGUAAUACUCCAUGCCUAUAAUACUUCGGGAGAUCAAGAACCGAUUGAGAUUGCAGAGGCACUGAAGACUCUCCGUGAAAAUAGCUGUGAUCCAUGCUUACUCGAGUCUCUGGCAGUACGGGGCCAGCAUCAUAGCCCUCUGCGCGACGCGCUGGACUACGUAUUGCCCUUCAACACGAUUCGGAACCUAUUCGUCUUUCGAAACAUGGAAUAUCUGCUCUUGGACAUCCCUACUACUGUGGACGGCGAUAAUGAUGACCUGGACGAGCUCGCUCAGGCGUGGCCCCGCCUCUUCGAGCUCCAGCUCGGAGACUAUCCCGAUGCCAAUGACACGAGAUUCACCCUGCGCGGACUUACGAGCCUCGCGCGAUAUUGCCCUUCCCUGAGCUCACUGACCAUUGCGAUUAAUGCCGACCUUGAACACGACAACGCUGAUCUCGACGGUACUUGGGAGGACCUCGGGAUCGGGGAGGACCUCUACCACCUUGAGCUAGCUGCCUCUAGCCUCCGUCGCCCUCUACCCGUGGCGAGGCUACUUUGUCGCAUGUUCCCCAAUCUGAGAUCCGUGACUGGGGGUGGCAACCGGGCCGCGCGGGAGGUGUUAGAGAAGUACAUCUCCGAGCAUUGGAAAACGCGAGAGGAGGAAGAGGAUGCCGAUGAGGCUGCGUGA